AGGAGGCGGGGCUUUUCUAAGAACACUGGUGGGAAAGAAAGCACAUCAGGUUAUAGACAAGCGCAUCUAGAAUAUUUACACUAUAUGUAGAUGCUUAGUAGGAGCAGUCGCAUAACAGCAGAUCGAACGAUUUAAACUGCGGAGAUUUGCGACGUUUUGCGACACCGGAGCUCCGGCGGGUCCAUGAACGCGGUUUGCGCUUCGGUCCAAACUCAAGAAUGUAGCGGGAAGAGAAACCGUUAACGUUGAGAGCAGGAAUUUCUUGUCACGUGCGAAUGCUGAGUCUGAAGGCGACUUAUCUGAAGCUGAACAGCUGUCGGCCCCACCUUCCAGCUGUUUGCAAUGACAUCCUAACAUCUUUGAACCUCCAGGAAGACUUCACGUGAGACGAUUAUAAGCCGAGCGUGCGCGAGGCGCGAGUUUUCCAGCCGAGCUUGCAGCCAUGUUGGAAGAGGAUAUGGAGGUGGCCAUCAAGGUGGUGGUCGUGGGCAACGGCGCUGUAGGCAAAUCGAGUAUGAUCCAGAGAUACUGCAAGGGCAUCUUCACCAAGGACUAUAAGAAGACCAUUGGUGUCGACUUCCUGGAAAGACAGAUAGUAGUAAACGACGAGGAUGUGCGGUUGAUGUUGUGGGACACAGCAGGUCAGGAGGAGUUUGAUGCAAUCACUAAGGCUUAUUACCGAGGUGCCCAGGCGUGUGUACUCGUCUUCUCCACAACGGACAGAGAGUCAUUCGAGGCCAUCAGCAGCUGGAGGGAGAAAGUGGAGAUGGAAGUUGGAGACAUUCCAACUGUUCUGGUGCAGAACAAAAUCGACCUCCUGGACGACACGCUGAUAAAAACCGAGGAAGCCGAGGGUCUCGCUAAGAAGCUCAAGCUGAGAUUUUAUCGGGCCUCUGUGAAAGAAGAUCUCAACGUCAACGAAGUUUUUAAAUAUCUAGCGGAAAAAUACCUGCAACGACUGAAGCAACAGACAGCCGAAGAUCCUGUCGUUCACACAUCAAGCAAUAAAAUUGGCGUAUUCAACACUAGCAGCGGCAACCAGCCGAACCAGAACUGCAGCGAUCUCAACGGCCGUGAGGUCAUCAACCUGCGACCGAACAAGCAGAGAACUAAGAAGAAUAAAAUCCCAUUCGGUAGCUGCAGACUUCUCUAGAACGUCUCCUCGUAUAUGCGUUAUGCCUUGUUUGCCUUGUAGGUCCGGGGUGACAUGCAUCAACGUCGACACUAACCAGAGUCCAUAAAAGGCUACGUCUCGGUGUAAACGCUGUCGGUGCGGAGGUGGCGUUUAAACUGAGGUCAGCUUUUCCACACACCGUGGUUUCGUUACAUGUCUCUGAUUCCUGUGGAUGAGUCUCAUGUUACGUGAUCGUAGAAGUAACGCCGGAUGUAUUUGUAACGGUGGAAUUGUGGGAAUACGUGUUCCCUGUUGGUUGUAAAGCAGCAAUGGUUUGUGACACUCCUUUUUAACACGUACGUUUUGAUCAGGGCUUUGGGAUGAUGAUUAAGCAGCUUGUCUUGCUUUAUCACAGCCAACUAUCAAAGUAGAUUUACGAUUUUUAUUAUUAUAAUAUUUUUUUUUUUUUUUUUACACAAUCGACAAGAGGAAGUUACCUUUUUUCAGAAUAAAACCCCUUUUUUGAAAUUGUUAUAAGUAUCUUGACUCGGACCCCUUGAUUUGGAUUAUGAGCGUAUUUUUCAAACCGAUGUUAAACGGAAAUAGAUCUAGAAAGUAAGACUGUGUGUGACUUUAUACGGUGUAGCGCAGGGUAACUAACACACACUAACAUUAACAUGAUUCCUCAUAACGCACAUAAUUUUUACUCAAACCAUUCGUGCACUGGACUGUUUUGUUGUUGUUUUUUUCCCCUCUCUCUUCUGUGCAAUGUGUGUGUGGAGGUGUAUGAUUUGGUAACACAUCUUUCCAUAAAAAAAUAAUUAAGUACUAAAAAAAAAAAGAUAUUUUUGUAAGCGAAGACGUCGUCUCUAAACCAUAGCAUUAACACAGUGCCAAAAAGAAAAAGUUUUUAAGCUGUAUGUACUUGUAAGAAAUGUAAAUAUCGUUAGAAAAAUUUUAACUUCAGAGAACGUGACCAGACUUUGAAUAAUAUCGUAGUGUGAUGAGAUUAAAAGAUGCUCGCAGAUAAACGUGCAGCUCGUCAUGACCAACACUAGAGUUCAGUAAUGCUCAGCGUAAGCAUAGGACCCGUCCAGACUUCAGUAUCGAUACGAUACGAUGUUCAGUUCUGCUGCUUGUAAACACUAAUGGUACAGAAUAUUUCACGUGAACAGUGGAAUACACUGUAUGUCUCUGUUAAAGCCUCAUUUGAAUUGUUAUUGAUGGUUAACUGAAUGAACAUUAGUAUGCUGGGUAAAAUUAGUGACGUGACGUGUUAUCUUCAGUACAUUCACACUCCUGGGUUUAAAAUUCCCUGCAAAUCAGCUUGAGACCCCUAUAAUUGUAAUAGAUAAUAAAUAAAUAAUCCCCCCAAUAUAGACAUGACUAUCUAUUCCUGCAAUUAUGUAAUCAGCGAGACAUGUGGCAGCAGCGUAGUGCAUAAAAUCAUGUAGAUACAGGUCAAGAGCUUCAGUUAAUGUUCAUAUCAAACAUUAGAAUAAGGACAAUGUGAGCUCGGUGAAUGUGAUUUCAAUGGCUGUUGGUGCCAGAUGGGCUCGAAAAAGUUUUUCAGAAACUGUUCUCUCUGGGUUUGGGUGGGGGUUAAUUGGAGGGGGAGGGUGGGCUUACAUUGUGGGUUAGCAUGUUUGCCUCGCACUUCUGGAGUUGGAAGUUCGAAUGCCACCUCUGCCCUGUGUGCGUGUUGAGUUCGUAUGUUGUCCCCGUGCUUCAGGGGUGUCUUCAGGGUACUCCGGUUUCCUCCCCAAGUCUGAAGACGUGUUCUAGGCUGAUUGGCAUUUUCUCCAAAUUGUCCAUAGUGUGUGAAUGUGUGUGCGAUUGUUCCCUGCGAUGGUUGGCACCCCGUCCAGGGUGGCCCCCACCUGGGAUAGGCUCCAGGUUCCCCUGUGACCCUGUGUUGGAUAAGCGGUACAGAAGAUGGAUGGAUGGAUGGAUUGAUGGAUGGGUGGAUGGAUGGAUAUUCUCUCUGGGAUCUGGUCAACUUGACCACCUGGGAUUUUCACGCACGACACGUCUCAGGAGUUUACACACAAUAGUGUGGAAAAACAAAGUGCAUUGAGUGAGCAUUAGUGCUGUGGAAGAUUGGGAAAAACUCGCCUGGUCUGAUGAAUCUCAGUUCAUUGGGAUCAGAAUUUGGUAUCAACAGCUGGAAUCCGUGGACACAACUGCCUUGUUCAGGCCGGUGGUGACUGGAUAUAUAUUGCGCUUCUGGUUCACUGAUUGGCUGAUUGGAUAGGUGUUGCCUUUAAAGUGGAUGGUGAGAAGGUGUAAUCCAACUCUUCGGAUAUUAGGCUCAAUAAUUAAGUGUACAAUCCUAUUUUGACUAUUCAUUGAAGCCAUGGAGCGUUUUUUCUCCUGAACAUUCUACUCAUAGGACACAUUUUGUUGAAAUGUGAAAAAAAAAGUCCCUGACCCACUGGCUAUACUUCACAGAACCCAGUUUGAGAUCCAUGGCUCUAAACGAUCUGCCACUUCAGACAUUACACUUAGAGCAAUCACUGCAAACUUCUUUGCACAAUUCUGAUUUUGACGUCUCGAAGGUCCUCAUUAGAGACCGAUUGUUGGUCACUGGUGGUUGUGAACACACCUGUCCCUUCAAACGCACACAUCGAAUACUUGGUUUCUGUAGAUUCCUUCCACUCAAUAUAGUCCCCAUUGUUUGUCCUCCAUUGCUGUUUACACGUGUCUUAAUGGGCCACAUGAAUUCCGUUACCGUUCACUUUCAUGUCUCAUGGUCAUUUAUCCGAUCGGGUAUAUCCAAUCUAGGACUGCAUAUGAAAGUGGCUCGUCUGAUUUGUGAUAAGAUCGGAUUUCUGUGUCCAUACAGUCCUUUCUCUGAAUUGGACCUUCGUCAUGUUCAACUGUUGUUCUUGUAUAACUAAACUUUGGGAGACUCUUGUACACUUGUUCAUUUGGUAGAUGAUUUUCUCCAAAGUAAUGACUGAACAAUUGAGACCGAAUGCAAUAUAAACCCGGGGGUUGAGCAGUUGAGGGUUAAAGCUCUUGCUUGCAGAAGCUUCUGAGGGCUUGACUUAAAAGCACAGUGAAUACUGGAAGAUACUUCACUAAGAUAAUGUUCGUUUGUAAUCAGGACUCGAUUCUAUUGUAUAAUUUCGGAUUAAUCCUUGAUCAGUCUCUAAAGCAAUGAGGAAAUCACCCAUUUCCGCUCAGCAUACAUGAAAAUGUAUAAAACACUCAAUCCGUCUGGCUUGUUUUAUUUUUUUACAUUUACGCACAACAUGCAUGCCUUGCAUAUGAUUUCAUGUAUGAAUGUGUAUCGACGGUACUUAGCCACAAUGACCAGCAAUAUGUUUACAGUUGUGAUGAGCUUUAUAUGACCUUGCUCUCUUUGUAUUUUGUAAUUCUGUGUAAUCUAAUCAUUUACGCUCUUUUGGAUAUAAAGAUUCAAGCCUACAUUACGAUGGAUUCAAGGCACUUUAUUUGUCAAAAAAAAAAGAAAGAAAAGAAUACCUGGUCACUUUAUCACAGAGCACAACCUUGAGCAUACAUGAAAAUGUCGAGUAUAUAAAAACAUUGCAUUUGUUACGACUGCUAAUAGUGGUUCUACAUCUUUCUCAUCUGGUUAUGAUGCCUUUAUAUUAAAUGUAAACUUUACGUUUCAAGUAAAUGUUCCUGCACUGACUGGUCUAUAAAUAUUUCACAGAAAUGUUUAUUUCAAAACAAAACAAACAAAAAAAAACCUUCACUGUAAUCAUUUUUUUUCCUCCCCCGAACAUGUCUUAUCUGGUGUCACUUUGCUCUGGUAGAUGGUAGUCAUUUUACAAAUAAAGGAUCUAUUUUAACUGUC